ACCCACCAAGCCUGAAGUGUGGCAGAAGGUGUUUUGCUGCGAUGACUGUCACUAGCAGCGGCGCAGGGGUGAAUGUGCUAUUCCAAAGCAAGCACAGGGGCCACGACCUUGAACUACAUCCUGGUCAGUUGAAGACUAAAAGAGGACCGGCUAUUCUGCUGGAGGUCAUGUCGUCGGAUCCUGUCCUGGAUGAUGUAGGACUAAACGUGGAGGUCACUUCUCAGUGCCAAGGCACGACGGAUGAUCGCAAGCGCCUCUACGUCAAUGAUCACGUUAGCGUUCAGCUGUGGGUGGAGCGGAUGCACACGAGGAGGGACAACCCAGUUCUCUUUUUCAAGCAUCGAGGCCAGCCAGACAGACCCGACAUUCUCGACCGGCUACCCGAAAACCUGCUCAAAGAGCAGGAUUUCUUGUUGGCCAUAAUGACGGCACCCCAGCUAGAGCUGCUUAGGACGCUCGGCACCAACCGUGUCUGUGUGGAUAGCACCCGUGGAACAACAGCCUUCAACUAUCAGCUCGUCACAGUCCUCUGCGUGGAUGAAUUUGGUGCCGGCUUUCCAGUCGCAUAUUGCAUCUCCAACCGCACUGACGAGAAGGCCAUGGCAACAUUUUUUGCAUCAGUCAGAUCCAAAACUGGGCAAAUACCAGCGGACAUUUUCAUUACACACGAUGGUCUCUCAUUCUACAAUGCCUGGAGCGAGGUGAUGGGACGUCCAAAACAUCGACUGUUGUGCACGUGGCACGUGAGAAAAAACUGGCGAGACACUGUCAACAAGCACAUUCAGAACAAAAAGCUCAAGGCCUCCGUCUACAGGGAAUUCCAAAAAGUCAUGGACACCCCAGACUCGGCAGCAUUCCAGCUUUUCCUUGACAACUUCUUGGUCUGGUGCGAUUUGAAAGCAGAAACACAGCCCGCCAUGCUUAAUGUCAAAUAUUGUGUAGAAAAUAACUAUGCAUACCACAGACAUGCUUGGGCAGCUUACUUCCGUAGGACGGCUGGAGCCGACGCAAGCAUGAGACAUGACGCAGUGCACAAGGUCUUAAUGUUCUGCUACUUGCACAACACGACCAACAAGCGAAUCGACAGAUUAAUCUCGGUGCUGUUAAAGCUGACGAGGAGCAAAAUUUUUGCUCUUGUCCCUAGAUUAAUCAGAAGAACCGAGGACAGGUUUGAGCGGGACACAAGAAUCAGGCAUGAAAGAGGGCAAGGCAUCUCUGGCAGGGACAUUCACAAAGUUGCCCUCAACCAAUGGUGCGUUCGCUCCCAAGCAAGCUACGGUCUGGAGUACAUUGUGACACAAUGGGCCCCAUGCAAAAAAUUCUGCGUACAUGCCUGCGCCGAGUGCCGGGUGUGCAUCCACACCGCAACCUGCACAUGCCCGGACCACGAGUCACGGGGGACUCUUUGCAAGCACAUUCAUGCCGUAUUUAAGCCUGCCGACAGUGAUGCAAGCCAUCUGAGUGAUCACAGUGACGUGGACGACAUCAUGAGUAUGGUACCUGCCUACGAGGACUGGGACGACGAGGAAAGAAUUGAAGACAUUGAAGAGCUAGACGAGGAAGAAUGCACUGAUGACCGUGACUGCGUGACAAUGCUUCAAGCAAUAUUAGACCGCCUGGAAACACCAGAGGUACAAGACCAAGCUACACCUUGGCUUAGGCCAGCACUUGCCAAGAUUCUGGCAAAGUUGGAGAGAAUUUCAUCACCUUCAUCAGACACUUCAGGAAGAAGCUCACCGCCAUCAAGCAACGCAUCGACCAAUGCAUCAAGUAACGAAAGCGAGGAGCAGCACUUUUACUCAACCGAACGUAAAACUCUCGACAUGUGCCAACAAACAGGACAGCCAUGUUUGCCUGAGCAGGAUGCCAUGAGUGAUAGUCAGUCGGAUCCUGAUGAACAAGUACACCAUAGAGGUUUUGAUCACAGUUACUGCAAGUACGGUGCUUGCAGCAGCAUGACCAUGCAGUAGCUGAAAUCAAAUCUACAAGUCCUAAAUUAUUAUUUUAGUUAUGACAGUACCUGUGGUUUCAUAAAGUACAACUAUUUAUUUGAAUCCAUUGCACGUCAUUUUACCUUUCUCUCAUGUGCCAUGAUCACAACUUUUAUCUUCACUUUUCCUUUUGGUUUGAAAACGCAACUAGCUUGGUGCUUUCUGGCAUUUUGUUGGUUGGUUUUGUACAACUGUCGGUAUGGAAAACUUGCCAUUUGAUUUGUUCAUUAGACGUGUGAAAAAUAUCUGCACUCCUUGUCCCUGUGUAACCUUUAGACCACCUUUUUUAUUCUUUGCUGCAACCUGACACGCUGCUUUUUACAAUUGCUUUGUUGGCCAAUUCCCCGCAACUGUUUGCUUGGUAAAAGACAUGUUAAUUUUUUGCACCUUUUCAGACAUGUUUUUACCACUACACCAGUGGUUUUUGAAGUACAGUUGAACUACUUUAAAAGAAUUACACAUUGGCGUCAGCCAAAAAAAUUUCGUGCACAUUUUCUGUUUGUUAUAUCAUUGUCUGACCGCAUUAGUUGGUUGAAGUUCUUUCCACGCCAUUUCAUCUGUGCCUUAUACAUUGCCACAUUGUUGCAUCUUUAGAAGUCUUUAAAUACAACUGAAUGUAUCACAUUUUAAAAUUGUGUUGUGUGCUAGUUAUUGAGAGGAACAGCAAUUUGUACAGCAAAUAAUGUUUGUUUUUGUGUUCUCUGUACAGCUGUGAGGAUUUUUCGGCAGCUGCUGUUGCGGAGCUCUGUUGUGUUGUUUGUACUUUGAGACUAUAGUAAAUAUUUAAGUUGUGCAAUA